CUUUAAAAGCCAUUUUGUGGUCAGUUUCUUACAUUUUCUUUCUCUCUUUCGCAAAUCGCAAAGCGUCUCUCUGGGUUUUCGCACCGAAUCCUCCAGAAACCGAAAUACGCCACCAUGUCUUCUGGCCGGAAAAUUACCUUGAAGAGCUCCGACGGCGAGAUCUUUGAGGUCGACGAAGCGGUGGCCUUGGAGUCUCAGACCAUCAAGCACAUGAUUGAAGACGAUUGCGCCGAUAGUGGAAUCCCCCUUCCUAACGUCAACAGCAAGAUCUUGUCCAAGGUUAUCGAGUACUGCAAGAAGCACGUCGAGUCCCCUAAGCCGGAGGAUCGUACUGGCUCCGUCGACGACGACCUCAAGACUUGGGACAGCGAAUUCGUCAAAGUCGACCAGGCUACCUUAUUCGAUCUCAUUCUGGCUGCAAACUAUCUCAACAUCAAAAGCUUGCUUGAUCUGACUUGUCAGACAGUGGCAGACAUGAUCAAGGGGAAGACUCCUGAGGAGAUCCGUAAGACAUUUAACAUCAAGAACGACUUUACGCCCGAGGAAGAAGAGGAGGUUCGUAGGGAGAACCAAUGGGCCUUUGAAUAAAAAAGAACAAAGGAGAAUGGAUCACUUAUAAUGUUACUUUUCUCUUGUCGCAUGGUAAUGUUUGAUGCUUGUGUUAUCAGUUAUGUUAAAACUCUGUAAUGUUCGUUGGGUGUUUUAACUAUGUUCUACAAUGUUAUCUUUCAUCCAACUUACCAGACUUCGGCAUUUUUUAUUAAUAUCGUACAUUGUCUUUUUCCAUGAAUGUUUUCAUUUUUGUUAA